AUACAUUCAAGGUCAUCGUCAACUCAACUAGUCGUGCCAUGUGUGUGUGUAAGGCUUGUUAUUCUCUAAAGUUCUUUGCUAGGUUUAGAAGCUUUCAAAGAUUCCCUCAAGUAUCACUUCCCUGGGUUAAAUGAAGAUAGUCUUAAUUUGGCACUGAAGGGUAUCGCUGGAAAAGACGACCUCCAAACUUAUAAUUGGGUUAGGUUUGCCACAGCCUAUCUCCAACCAGAGUGUGAUUUUGUCUGGGCUGGAAAGGAGAUUGACAAAGCACUUGUUAAUUCCACGUAUAUCAACGGCAGUGAGUUUUCCUUAUCCGAUUUAGCUAUUUGGGCUUUUCUAGAAAGUAAGUUCACGGAACAAUUUUUCUGCUUUGUUUUAUACGUACUAUGGCACCCUAGUCUCUAAUUCUUUAGCUGUGCUUCGUUAUAUUAUUGCAGUAUUACUAGGUGGUUACGGAAUAAAAUGCGAAUUUCGUAUGUAAUUGGUAAAUGACGUUACCUUCAAGAAGUACUGCGAGUGGUAGCCCUGUUGAGAAAACACCAGUUUUAUACACUAGUAGUGCUGAUGGGACUUUCUAAAUAGUAUAAGAUUUUUAAAACUCAUAAGAACAAUUCCGUCGCCUUCGUGUAUAAGUCGACGGUCAUUAUUAUUGCUAACGAACACACGACUAUGCAACCAAAAACUUUCCUUCACUAGUUCUGUCAGUAGCUGUGUCAUUAAGCCCCACCUGUCGGAAAGUCAUAGUUUGAGCCUCCCUGUAAAACCAUUUACAGUAGAGAGUAUUUAUAUUCUAAACAAGUACGACAAACCUGAACCGUGACGAUUGUAUGUUUUUGUGCGAAUAUUCUCUGUCAGUAAGAGGUUAUAUAAUUGGUUUCUCUAUAGUCUACCUAGUGGCCUUGAUUUGUACUUAGUAGUUUAAGAAUGAGAUUAUCGAUAUGUUUACAAAAGGCUCAUGCAUUGUUAAUGUCUAUGAAACAAGCGUUUAAGCUGUAUCCAUUUUCUCCUAUAAAAUUCAAUGCAUUUUGUAGAAGCAGUAACUUCUUAAUUGAAAUGUUUGUUAAAUGCUGACCUAAUUAGACGGAGCUUCGUGUUUUUGGUCAUAUAUCUUUGGAGCGUUGUGUGAGUAAUACUAAGAUUAGGCAUAUCCUGCUUUUCAGAAACGCUAAAUCUUCCGAUAAAGCUGUAAUCCGUCAUCAGCUCUAAUUAAGAUAAGCCAACCACACCAUGACUUCAUCUACUUUGACGUCCCAUACCAUCUAGCACGCUAGUUGGUUGACGAAAAGCAAUAAAAAGUCAAACGCUAGGAUUUGGUGUAUGAUAUCGUUGACUUAUUAUUAUUAUUAUUAUUAUAAGCUUUAUUCAACAUUAUAUUUGUGGUACACUAUUGAAUUCUCAGCAUAAAGUAUUUCAACAAGUUUCUUUUUCUUAUAUCUUGAUCGAUCCUGACGAUAAAUACUGAGUGAUGGCCAGUUAGAUGUUAGGAGUUCGAUAAUCGACAUCUGAAUAAUGUUCAUUCGUUUCAAUGCAUAUUGCAAGCCACCAUGAUGUCUCUGGUUGUACCUUUUUGUAAUCCCUACAGCGAAAGGUUGUAAACUUUUCGUAAACGCGCCUGAAUAGGUUGUGAGCUCAAUAGACAUAAUAGUGUGUUAAAACAAACAAGAAAACAGAUAACUUGACGAAAUAUCUAGAUGGGAGGAACAGGUAGCCCAGAUAUUCAAGCAGGCCGCGUUGUUGGUCUAAGCUAUUAUGUGAGGCUCAGACUUUUUAUUUAAGGUCCGCGAAUUAGUUGUAACCCAUUGUUGAAGAAUUUAGGUGAUCUGGCUCAAAUUCGAUCACAGUGACAUGAAUGGAUUCAUUGUUCUUAUUCCCUUGGAUUUUGGGCUUCAAUGUCGUUUUUACUCUUCACUAUCAGUUUUUUUAGUCCCAAAACCUAUUGUGAGUUCAUAGUUACUUCUAACAAAGACAAAACACCAAAAAGGAUUGGACCACUUCUAACCAUAUUUUGUGUUCAGUUUUUCAUUACUGAUGGUGUUAAUAUGACCUCACUUUGUAGUCAAUUUUCUGUAUCAAUGUGACAUGAUAACACAAGUGAAUGCAUAUUGUCGGCGGCUUUAAUUUGUAAUUAAGUGAUUAAGAUAGUGAUAUGUUUCCAUACAUAUAAUCAGCUUUCUGCUCUUUUAAGUAUUUCGUUAUGAUAUAGGCUUAGGCUUGUUAAUUAGUAACAAACUUGCUCGUUUGUUGCAAACUUAAAUGUAGGGAGUAUUAUUACUGGAAUAAAUAUUUAGUCUGGUUUUUUAUUUUUUGAAUUUUAAAGUCAAUCCGGAUUGGCACAAGCUCAAUGAGUCGUACAAAACUGAUAGCUCUGUAAAGUCGUUUGCUAAUCUUAAACAAUACUAUGAUCGUCUUGUAACCUUACCAUCAGUUCGCAAACUUAAAACGGAAAUCUAUGAAUCACGGCUCCAGCCAAAAAGCGUUUCAUUUAGUUCAGAGCCAUCUAGUAAUACUGUUGGUAAAACUCAUGCGUCUGAUAUGCUAUUUGAAAAGGGAGGAAAGUUCGGUGAACUCCCUGGUGCGAAAGUUGGGGAAGUAGUUGUUCGUUUCCCUCCGGAAGCUAGUGGAUAUUUACAUAUUGGACAUGCCAAAGCAGCGCUUCUAAAUCAACACUAUAGAGAUAUUUUCAAAGGUCGUUUGAUAUUACGUUUUGAUGAUACUAAUCCUGAUAAAGAAAAAGAAUACUUUGAAAAGUCGAUUCUUUCAGAUCUUCCUCGAAUCGGUGUCACAUGGGAUACCAUAUCGUCAACUUCUGAUCAUUUUGACGAGAUGUUAAAACUGUGUGAACAACUAAUCAAGGAAGGCAAAGCAUAUGUUGAUAACACAGACAUGGAAACUAUUCGUGUACAAAGGGAAGCACGCCAAAUGUCUGCUUGUAGAGAUAAUUCUAUCGAACAAAAUUUGGCUUGGUGGGAAGAAAUGAAAAAGGGAACGGAACAAGGACUAAAAUGUUGUGUACGUGCUAAAAUUGAUAUGUCUUCUAAUAACGGUGCUUUACGUGAUCCUACAAUAUAUCGUUGUAAAAUAGAACCACAUGUUCGGACAGGUUCUAAAUAUAAAGUGUAUCCGUUGUAUGAUUUUGCUUGCCCAAUAGUGGAUAGUAUUGAAGGCGUAACCCACGCUUUACGAACAUCUGAAUAUAAUGACAGAAAUGAACAGUACGCAUGGAUAUGUAAAAGUUUAGGUAUACGUUGUCCAAUUGUGAUCGACUAUAGCCGUCUUGCUCUACAAAAUACAGUCCUGUCAAAACGUAAACUGGCAUGGUUUGUAGAAGAAGGAAUUGUUGAUGGAUGGGACGAUCCAAGAAUGCCUACAGUUUCUGGUAUUCUUCGUCAUGGUAUGACUGCCGAAGGAUUACGUCAAUUUAUUUUGGCCCAAGGGUCUAGUCGAUCUUCUGCUUUGAUGGAAUGGGAUAAAAUCUGGUCAUUUAAUAAGAAAAUAAUUGAGCCUGUAGCUCCAAGAACUACUGCUCUCUUACUGGACUCUUCAUAUAUGGGUCAUAAUGGUACGCCUCCGGGUCUAGUUCGUGUUUACGUUCACGGCCAAACCGGCUAUACUGAGAAAAAGGUGCAAAUCCACCCAAAAAACGAAUCUCUUGGAUACCGUUCAAUCUUACUUGGUCCAGAAGUGUUUGUUGAGCAGGCCGAUGCAUUAUGUUUUAAAAAAGGUGAGAAUGUAACCUUCAUCAAUUGGGGUAAUCUUCGGAUAAUGGAUAUACAUAAACAAGGUCAACUAAUAGUAUCCAUUGAUGCUUGCCUUAAUUUGGAAGAUACUGAUUACAAGAAAACACUAAAAAUCACUUGGCUAACAGAUCCUAAAGAUUCCCACCUUCCAUUAAUUCCAGUUAGUUGUCUAACAUAUGAUAAUCUUUUAAGCAAAGCAAUUUUGGGCAAAGAUGAUGACUUCAAACUAUAUGUUAAUAAAUAUUCAAAAAAAGAACAAUGCUUACUUGGUGAUCCUGACUUGUGUCAUGUUAAAAAAGGUGACAUCAUACAGAUUCAACGUCGUGGUUUCUACAUUUGCGAUGCACCAUAUGAAUCAGCUUGCUUAGCUACUGGCCACGAAUCUCCUUGUGUUUUAAUUAACAUUCCGGAUGGUUCAUCUAAGGACGAUACUACUGUUAUCAAUUCUAAAGUUGAGUCAUCAAAGUCAGGAUCCGUCAAAACCAAUAAAACUGUUAAAAUUGAAAAUCUGACACCGGAAGAAGCAGCUAAAGCAGCUGAACAACAACGUCGAAAAGAAGAGAAGAAAGAAGCAAGGAAAGAGGGCAAAUUAAAAGCUAAACAACAAAAAAUAUCAGAAAAUGAACUAAGAACAAAAGUAAUUAGUCAUGAGACAAUCAGUAAACCAACUAAUGAUAAAUUAAUGUAUAAACGUUCCAAUCACGUUGAUUUAAUAAAAUGUGAACAAUCGAUACCAGCAUCUUCAAAAGUUGUCGUCAAAAAUGAAAAAGAAAAGGAGCCAUUGUUGAAAAAGUCUGGAACUAAAAAACAAUCUAAGUUAGCUAUCGAAGCAUCAAAGGAAACUGAUUUCUCUGAUUGGUACUCCGAACUGAUUAUAAAAUCCGAAUUACUAGAUUAUUAUGAUAUCAGUGGAUGUUAUAUUCUCCGUCCAUGGGCUUAUCAUAUGUGGCAGUCUAUUCAACGUUUUAUGGACGAAAAACUCAAGGUGAUGGGUAUAGAAAAUGCUUAUUUCCCGAUAUUUGUCUCAAAAUCAGCAUUGGAACGUGAAAAGAACCAUGUGGCUGAUUUCGCGCCUGAAGUGGCUUGGGUGACAAAAUCAGGUGAUACAGAUCUAACAGAGCCAAUCGCUAUUCGACCAACCAGUGAAACAAUUAUGUAUCCAAUAUUUGCUAAAUGGAUUCAAUCUCAUCGAGAUUUACCACUUCGUAUAAAUCAGUGGAGUAAUGUUGUCCGGUGGGAAUUUAAACAUCCACAACCUUUUUUACGUACACGUGAAUUCCUUUGGCAAGAAGGACAUACCGCCUUUGCAGAAAAAGCCGAUGCAGAAGCAGAGGUUCGUGUAAUAUUGGAUCUAUAUGCUGAAGUUUACGAAUAUUUACUUGCAGUUCCUGUGGUCAAAGGGCGUAAAACUGAACGUGAAAAAUUCGCCGGUGCAGAUUAUACAACAACUGUGGAAAUUUAUAUUGCUGGAAAUGGACGUGCAAUUCAAGGUGCUACAUCACAUCAUUUAGGUCAGAACUUUAGUCGUAUGUUUGAUGUGACAUACGAUCAUCCAGUAACUGGUAAACCUGCCUACGUCUAUCAAAAUUCUUGGGGUCUUACCACUCGUACACUAGGCGUUUUAAUUAUGGUACACAGUGAUGACAAAGGUCUUAUAUUACCACCGAGGGUCGCACCAUAUCAAAUUGUUAUUGUUCCCUGUGGCAUUACUGCAAAAACAACUGUGCAAGAGAGAGAUACUCUCUUGUCCGCUGCUCAUUCUAUAUUCGAGUUAUUAAAUAAGUCUAAACAAUUUCGUGUAUACUGUGAUGAUCGUGAUAAUGUAUCACCUGGAUGGAAAUUUAAUCAUUGGGAAUUAAAAGGAGUUCCUAUUCGCUUAGAAAUUGGUCCACAAGAAGUUGCUGAUAAAAAAGUUUGUUUAGUCCUUCGACAUAAUGGUGAAAGAGUAAAUGUACCAAUGGAUUCCCUUAUUAAUGAACUACCUCGUAUUCUUGAUGAUAUUCAUAGUGCAAUGUUUAACAAAGCGACAAAGUCAUUAGCUAGUCAUGUUAUGCCUGUGAAUAAUAUGAAUGAAUUAUGUACAGCUUUGGAUCAAAAGUCGCUUGCUUUAGCUCCAUUUUGCUGUGAUAGAGAUUGUGAAGAGGUGGUUAAGCAUGAAUCAGCCAGAAAUGUCAUUGUUGAACCUGGUGCACCAGCUAUGGGCGCAAAAAGUUUAUGCAUCCCGUUCGCUUGUGAUUUUAAUCCAACAUUGGUUUGUGGUAGUCCUGUUCCUGAUACACCAUGUUUCAAUCGCCAACAUUGUUCUCGUAAAGCAAUUUCUUAUACAUUGUUCGGUAGAAGUUACUAAGACCUAAUUUACUUACACACAUGUACAUGUAAAAAAUCCCUUUUCAUUAAAAUGAAAAACAAUAAUGUUCUGUCUUCAUCUGAGCAAAUAAACUCAGUUGGAUCUC